GUGAUGGAACAUGACAUCGGGGAACUGUGUGUAAUUUUUGGUGAACAACAACACAGUCGAGUUUCAGCAACGCUUCGGCCAAGUUGUUGAGGCGCGUGAGCCAACAGGAAAAAUUCAACCGCUUCCAGUUAUCUCUCUCUGCUUGGAUACAUUUGUUGAAAUAAUUGACCAGUGUGCACAAGGGGAUUAUUAAAUUAAAAAUAAAUGAAAGCCCGCUAAUAGGGAAAUUGUUUUGAAAACUCGUUAGCACGCACAAUAUGCGUUGCUCUGUGUAGAGCAAAUUGCGCAUACGCCACGUCGGACCAUCAAAAGGAUUUCGUAAACAUAUUGUUGCGGAAAAUUGCAUGCAGCAAUUUGAAUAAGCAAAUUGUUUGCACAAUUUUUGUUUGGAUUUGUGUCAUCGAUUCGCAAAUAUUCAACGGAUUGACCCAUAACCUCAGAAAUGGACAUUGUCAUACGUGAGGAGGACAUUUCCUUAGCCCAGAUUGGCGUCUAUGCCUCGGUAUCCUUUCUAGUGGUUUCGGCCGUUGGGGCAGCUCUCUACACCACUUGCUCCAAACGGUAUCGUCUCAACUGGUUUGAACAGAAUCUUCUGGAGUCGGCCAACGAAAAAGAUGAAGAUCAGCAGAGGGAGGCCUUGGUAGCCGGUGCCGUGGGCUACAAUGUGGACAGCAUAAACGAGGUGCCGCGUGGGAAAUUCGGCAGCGGAAAUGCCGGCAACCUCAGCCCCACCUCCCUGAAGAGCGAGGACAAUGACCCUGCGUUUUGGGUACCCGCCUCGGUCACCUCGACGGCCGCCACACAGCAACAGGUGUCGAACACCACCGAAGAGUCGGCACCACCCACCCCAACUUCGCCCACCGGAAGCCUGAAGUCCAACACCCUGUCCUACUGCUCAACCACUUCUGUUCCCAUCGCCAGAUCCGAUAAGCAUGUGGUACUGGCCAUGCACCCCAGUCGUCCUAGAGUAUCCUCCAUGAAUGCCAAACUGGAUCACACUAAAAUCGACAUGACCCUGUACCGAAGUCACUCUCAGCCCAAGACCAUCAAUCCCGUUUCCCUCAAUGAAGUUCGCGGCAACUUGCAUGUGAGCAUUGGCUAUGAUCCUGUUGGUGGCUUGCUAAAUGUCAGACUACUGGAGGCUCAGAAUCUGCAGCCUAGGCAAUUCAGUGGAACUGCCGACCCCUAUGCCAAGGUGCGAUUGUUGCCGGAUAAAAAGAAUUUUUGGCAGACACGCAUUCACAAAAGGACCCUUAAUCCAGUUUUCGACGAGCAGUUUGUAUUUGAGGUAACUGCCGGAGUAAUUGACAAACGAACAGUGGAGAUCUUACUGUACGACUUUGAUGCCUAUUCCCGGCACGUUUGCAUUGGAGGAACGAAACUGCACCUGGCCAACUUGGAUCUGAGUGAACAGUUGAAGCUCUGGACCCCACUAAGUUCUGCCUCGGCCCAAGAUAUGAAGGUGGAUCUGGGCGAUAUAAUGGUGUCCCUGGCCUAUUUGCCAUCUGCCGAACGUUUGAUGGUGGUCCUGAUUAAGGCCCGAAAUCUGCGUAUUGUGGACGAUGCCCGCAACUCUUCGGACCCGUAUGUGAAGGUUACUCUUCUGGGUCCCGGUGGCAAGAAAAUGAAGAAACGCAAGACGGGCGUUCAGAGGGGCACCCUGAAUCCCGUUUACAACGAAGCCCUAGCUUUCGAUGUGGCCAAGGAGACCCUGAAAAAUUGUGUACUAGAAUUCACAGUGGUCCACGAUGGCUUACUGGGUUCCAGUGAAAUUUUGGGUCGUACUCUCAUUGGAAACUCACCAGAAGUUCGCACUGAGGAGAAAAUAUUUUUUGAAGAAAUUUUCCGCGCCAAAAAUGCUACGGCCCAAUGGGUUCCACUCCAGGAACCUGCAAACAAUUUAGCUACCACGGCCAAAAACGCAAACAACAAGAACUAGCUUCCGCAGUUGCCGGCUGCUUUUGGUUCGUGUCUAAGUAAGGACCGAACCGGUAGUUGUCUUGGGUAAAAGUAAGUCUGGAGUAAGGGUUAAAGCACGAAAAAAGCACAUCGUUUCAUAUUUUUUGUUUAAAUAUGGAUGGAGCAAAUGUUCAAACCUUUUAUCUUACCACUUAACAUUUCUUUGCAUUAUGUGGUUUUUGAGAUUUUCAUAUCGGCAUAGCGGUUACGUUAAAAAUAACGCGUUGUGCGGUACUCAAUAAGCAUCGAGUUUGAAAUAAAUUGGAAAUAAGAUGUUGGACAUAACUCAUUAAAACUGGUAUUAUGACGGUUAACUUUUCGUAGCUUCAUUAAAUUUGCUUCAGUCUACAGAAAUAAAAGAAACAUUAAACAAUCGCAAACCCUUACUCUAUUAAAAAAAACUAAUUAAUAAACAAAAUUCAGGAUUCAACGAGUGGAUUGAACAUCAGGAAACAGGUACAGCUUUUUUUUCAAAUUAAUAGGAGCAAUAGAAAUGAUUUAUAUUUAUUUUAAAUAUA